CCUUGUCCUUUUUUGAAACUUCUCCCAGCUGGCAGCCAAAAAUAGCUUCCAUUCCACACCAUAUUUGUGCAAGGGAUCUGGAGCCUUUGGAAGCUGAUUAAGCCCAGCGCCCCGCGUGCCGCUGCCUGCUGCCUUUGUGCCACAGGCACCCCAAGGCAAUGCGUUUGACGGAGCUGAACUGGGAAUGCCUCCUGCACCUCUUCUCCUUCCUGGACAAAAACAGCAGGAAGAGGCUGGGCCAGACGUGUAGCCAGCUGUGGCGGGUCUUCCAGGACCCCUCGCUGUGGCCUCUGCUCCACUUCCACUCGCCGGCGGAACUGACCAAGGAUAACUUUGUCCUGGGGCCGGCCUUGCGCCACCUCUCCAUCUGCUGGCAUUCCAGCCAAGUCAAGGUCUGCAACGUGGAGGAGUGGAUGAAGAACGAGCUCCAGAGGAGCAUCUGCAGCCUCCACAAACCUCUGGUGAACGACUUUCUACUCCAGGUUUCCAACAGGUCCCCCGGCUUGCUGUCUCUGAAGCUCUCCGGAUGCGGCCAUGUCACAGACGAUUCCCUGGUGCUGCUUCUCAAAAGCUGCCCCGGCCUCCGGACUCUCCAGCUGGAGAACUGCGUCCUGAUCACUGACCGGACCCUGGAAGCGGUUGCUCUCCAUGCCGACUCCCUAAAAACUCUGCAUGUGGACUUUUGCAGAAACAUCACAGCUGCUGGGGUGCAGCGAGUCCGGAAGAUGCGCCCGUCCCUGACUCUCCAUGCGGAAAGAAGCGCGGACAUGAUUCCGGACAAGCGGCCAGGCGGCUGGGCCUUGGAGAGAGGCCUAAAGAGAAUGCUGUGGCAUUAG